CUUAAUUCCUUCUCUCUCAAAAACCUAACCAUCUCUGCAACUUUUUCUUCGAUCUCUUUCCCAUGGCGGCCUUAAACCGUCUAUUGAGAACCAGGGGAUUAUUAUCAUCAUCACCAUUUACAUCUACGGCUUGUAGAAGUUAUUCCUCACCAGCUGCAGAAAGUGAGCGUAAAUUCUCAUUUGGUGGUAGUAUUGGCAAUAAUAAAAUCCCUCGUAAAGAUCCAAGUGAAAGAGAUGUUCAAUGGGUAUUCUUAGGUUGUCCAGGUGUUGGUAAAGGCACCUAUGCAAGUCGUCUCUCUAAUUUGCUUGGUGUUCCUCAUAUAGCUACUGGUGAUCUUGUUCGUGAUGAACUUUCUUCCAAAGGCCCUCUUUCUCAAAAGCUUGCCGUGAUUGUGAAUCAGGGGAAAUUGGUGUCAGAUGAGAUUAUCAUAAGCUUAUUGUCAAAGAGGCUUGAAGCUCAAGAGGCCAAGGGCGAAUCAGGAUUCAUCCUUGAUGGUUUUCCACGAACCAUCAGACAAGCUGAAAUAUUGGAGGGAGUUACCGACAUUGAUUUGGUGGUUAACCUAAAGCUUCGAGAAGAUAUAUUAGUUGAGAAAUGCUUGGGAAGAAGGAUCUGCAACCAGUGUGCUAAAAACUUUAAUAUUGCGAAUAUUAACGUCAAGGCUGAGAAUGGGAACCCUGGAAUAUACAUGGCUCCACUUCCUCCCCCAGCUGGUUGUGAAUCCAAGCUCAUUACACGAGCUGAUGAUACUGAAGAAGUUGUAAAACAGCGGCUUCGAAUAUACAAUGAACUGGUAUGUUCAUCACACCAUGUCACAAAUCUUCAGUAAAUCAUCGUUGUUUGUGGUAAUUGAUUGUGGUGGCAAGAGUCAGCCUGUGGAAGGUUUCUACCGUAGCAGAGGGAUGUUAAUGGAGUUUGAUCUACCCGGAGGAAUCCCAGAAUCAUGACCAAAGCUUCUGCAUGCACUGAAUCUUGACCAAGAGGAGAAGCAGUCUGUAGCUGCAUAAAUUUAUUGAAUUGAUGUAAUUCAGUAGAUUUUGGGAAGAGUUUGUCAUUUUUAGCAUGUGUCAAAAUUUACAUAUGCAAUAAUUAUUGAUAAAGAAAAACAUCAAUUAUAUUGUUUUUUGUUCUACAAUAAAAACACUGAACUCUUGGAAAAUAUUGUUGAGGCAUCAGACAUCAGCUGUGAAGCCUGGGUAGGCUUUUUUUGGCUACUCAAGGUUUCUCUUGUAGAAUAGUAAGGGGUGAGUUUUUAAUUCA